CGCAUGCCGAGGACGGCAGGCGAACAGUUAAGCAGAGAACUACGAUGGAUUAAGGUGUUUCUGACAAGGUGUAACCUUUCUUAUGACUGAGGAAAAUGGACGGAUUUCGUGCAACAAUAUUCAACGUUGCUCAGGAUGCCAGCCAGGUGGCCAGCGCAUCUACCCAGCUUAAGGAUCGGGAGUACAUCGUGCCGAGCUGUACAAUCCAGAAGAUUCCAGAAAAGUUGCUGCUGAAAGUAUUUUCCUACCUGAAGCAUCCAGAGUUAAGUUACGUAGCGCAGGUGUGCAAGAAAUGGCGCAUGUUGGCUUACGAUAGUCGAUUGUGGCACGUUGUAUCACUACGGCCAGAGUAUUCAGGAUUACACGUUACUAACAUAGACCUGCUUUUAUCCCUGAUCGGGAUACGUUUCGGUUCCACAAUGAAGUAUAUAGAACUCCCGUGUGAAUUGAUCACUGCUCCCAUAUUACACGAACUGGCCAACAAGUGUCCAAACUUGAACUACAUGACCCUAGACUUUUCCAAUGCUAUGCAAUUGCACGACUUCAAUGACCUCAACGCCUUUCCUUGUAACUUACGAAGUCUGUGCCUGUGUCUGUCCGAGGUGAUCUUCCUCGAGGGGUUUAUGCGCCGGAUCUACAGCUGUCUGUCCUCAUUAGAAGUCCUCCACAUGAUCGGUACAUUUGAAAUGUCGACAGAAGCAGAAGAUGACAUAUAUGAGGUUGUAAACAUAGGGAAGAUCAAAGCCCACACACCUAACCUUAGAGUCGUUAAUCUGUACGGAAUCACCUUCAUUGACGACUCUCACAUCGAGCUGCUAGCCUCUAACUGUAUUCAUCUAGAGAGUGUGGCCUUGAACUUUUGUCUUAGGGUCAAAGGGUCAUCUUUCAAGGUCCUUCUACAGAGGUGUAAAAAACUAAAGACUUUACUGCUGCAACAUACAGGUGUGAUAGACCAACACAUGAUCGCUGCCCCUUGGGAGAUGUCAAUUAUCCAGGAGUUGGACCUGAGUUCCACGGAGCUGUCCACAGUGUGUCUGGAGAGUAUGCUGCUGCGGAUAUCCGGGUUUACCUUCCUUGGCCUCGGCUACUGUGAAUUCUUCUCAGAUCGCAUCCUAGAGCUGCUGAUAAUGAGAGGAAAACUAAACCACCUAAGAGCCAUCGACCUUAGUUACACCAAUGCCUUGUCAGAAAGUGCCAUCUAUCAGCUGCUACAUAAACUUGGAGGCAACCUCGAGGGUGUCAUGAUUGCUGGCAAACCAAAACUCACCGAGAACUUUUGGCUUAACGUCAUUUCUUUCUUAAAAAACAUCAGGAUCUGUGUGCUGGGCACAGCCAAUGGAUGGUUCCUCAAGAUGCAGAGUAAGGUGCACAUUGACCAGGUGAUCGAGUGGUACGCCCAGAACUGUCCCCGCCUGGAGCGCCUGGAGAUACAGUGGGAUCCAGACACCAUUCGCUUCUCAGACAAGAGCAAUAAAUUUGUUGACCACAUCAGGUUACGCUGUCCAAACCUCAAGUCCUUUACACUAAGUGACGGGGAAUAUUAUGAGAUGGUCAAAUCCAAUUUCGAGAGAGCAGACAGAGUCAAGGUCGUGAGGACGACAACUAACUACUCCACCAGCAUUGUCAGCCUCCUGUCCUGCUACAAAGAUCUCCUAUUCAACUGAGAGUUACCUCCCCUUAGCAGCGACAGUCAAAGUGUUUAUGGUCAACAUAGGGGCACUAGAUUUAAGUCUCGCUAGGACUGUAAAGAGAAGGUUAAGAUCUAAACAAUAUAGAGUCUAUCAAGAUGUGGCCAUCAGAUACCCUUUGUGACAGAUGUUUGUUGAGUGGUAGGGUUGAUAGCAUUGGAACCAGUAGGGGCUUGUACAGGAAGUCCUCCCAUCCCUCCCAUACCCACAAUCCUUGGUAUCCCUGUCAUGUGAUACCUAAUCAUGUGACCCUGAUCAUAUGACCUGUGUUAUUGUGUCACUUGAGGAUGUAGGUGUUGAUGCCAAAGUACAAAAUGUUGGAGGAUGUAAACAUACCCAGGUCCUUGCAGUCAGGAUAAGAGUUCAUUCAGACUGUUACUAAAAUCUGUUACUUUUUUUCAAUCAAAUGAUGUGACUAGAAAGGCAAAGAUGAAGUUGCCAUUAGAAAAUUGUACAGAGUGACUAGUCAUUAGUGUGACAUGAAGUGUGUUUAUAGAUAGGGUUAAAAUCAGAAAGCCUCAUAAGGAUAUUAUAUAUUACAAG